CUGACAGCUGGUUUGAGCAGCGAAGACGUGUACUUUCUGUGUCGAUUCCUGUAGGGUUUUUUAAUUUACGUUUUUGUUUACAGCAUUAUUAUUUCUUUUACAUAGUUUAGCCUUCGACUGUUUUCCUGAUGGCGACAGUGGAGGAGCUGAAGUUGAGGGUGAGAGAGUUGGAGAAUGAGCUGAUAAAGUGUAAGCAGAAACAGUGUGCUGCGGAAGAUGCUCACAGUCAGGCACUAAAUAGACCGAAAAUUGACAAAAUGAGCGCCGAAGUUGUGGAUUCCAACCCGUACAGUCGCCUCAUGGCUUUAAAGAGAAUGGGCAUCGUAGAUGAUUACGAGAGAAUUCGGACAUUCACGGUAGCUGUGGUUGGAGUUGGGGGAGUUGGCAGUGUGACAGCUGAAAUGCUCACUAGAUGUGGCAUUGGUAAGUUGCUCCUUUUUGACUAUGAUAAAGUAGAGCUGGCCAAUAUGAACAGGCUGUUCUUCCAGCCUCACCAAGCAGGCCUCAGCAAAGUGGAAGCAGCAGAACACACACUCAGAAACAUCAAUCCAGACGUGUCAUUUGAAACCCAUAACUACAACAUUACUACGAUGGAAAAUUUUACACAUUUCAUGGAUCGUAUCAGUCAUGGAGGGCUGGAAAAAGGGAAACCAGUGGAUUUGGUCCUGAGCUGUGUGGACAACUUUGAGGCCAGAAUGGCCAUCAAUACAGCCUGCAAUGAACUAGGUCAGAUCUGGAUGGAGUCUGGCGUCAGUGAGAAUGCUGUGUCAGGACACAUCCAGCUCAUCAUUCCUGGGGAGACGGCCUGCUUCGCUUGUGCUCCUCCACUUGUGGUGGCAGCCAACAUUGAUGAGAAAACCCUAAAACGGGAGGGUGUGUGUGCUGCCAGCUUACCAACAACCAUGGGUGUUGUGGCAGGUCUCCUUGUGCAAAAUGUCCUCAAAUAUCUUCUAAAGUUUGGUACUGUCAGUUAUUAUCUUGGCUACAAUGCCAUGCAGGACUUCUUCCCUGCCAUGGCAAUGAAAGCUAACCCCCAGUGUAAUGACCGUCACUGCAGGAGACAACAGGAGGAGUACAAGAGGAAAGAAGCAGAGCGGCCCAAAGUGGAGGUCGUACAGGAAGAGGAGGAGGUUGUACAUGAAGACAAUGAAUGGGGUAUUGAGCUGGUAUCAGAGGUGACUGAAGAAGAGUUAAAGGCUGCUUCAGGUACUGUGCCCGACCUCCCAGAAGGCAUCACAGUGGCUUAUACCAUUCCAACUGAGGAAAAAGCAGAUGGCGAGACAGUGGAGGAGACUGAACAGAGCCUUGAAGAAUUAAUGGCUCAGAUGAAAAAACUGUAGGAAACAAUCUGAAGGUGCAUUUCUGCUGUUAAUAUGAGACUAACCUUUUCUUGCCUGUUCACUCCAACAUCAUUGUGAAAAUGCCAAUUGCUGUACGAUACAAGCAGUUAAAGAAUGAGCUCAUCUAACCGCUGAAGACGUGGAAUGCAUGAUAAAUGCUGCUUAUGGUAUUUCACACACCGGGAAAAAAAAAACGCACACACAAAAAAACAUCAGAUAUGUAAUUUGCUGACAUGGUAAAGUGUUUAGCACUUGAAAUGGGAACAUUUUCUAAUUACAUAUCAAUAAACCUGAAGAUAUCAGUUAGUGUUUUGCUUACUAAAUGUGUGUCCCAACUUUUCAACAUCCACAAAAAAAGAAGAAAUGUUUCCUGUAACAUCACAGAACAAUGUUCAAGUUGUCUCAAUAAAGUAUUUAUUAGAUGGACAUGUUGGACUUUAUUUUUAUUUUCCUAUACAGCUUUUACAGAUGUUAUUAACAUGGUAUUAAUACAUUAAUACAUGAAUAGAUGCAAGCAGUAAAAACAUUUUGUAUCUUGUAUAUGUGGCAACACAGUAGGUUUUGGUACAAUGUGUCCCUUUUGGCCUUAAUGUAUUGUACCUGAAGCCUUAUAUGUCACAGUGAUGUCUUUGGUAAGACCCUUUAAAUAUUUUGAAUAAAUGCAUGCGCACUUAAUUUUGCAUAAACACAGCCUUAAAUCAGCUACAGAUAAUGAUUCUUCAGACAUGUGUUUUACUUAAUUGUCCAAGUUUGCCUUUCUCAAAACACUGUUGGAUAUGCAUUGUAUGUAACAAAUGUUAAAAUAUAUAUAAAAUUCAUAAUGUAAACAAUGUAUAUUUAAAAACAAAAAGUGCUUGGGAUCUGACAGUCGUGUUAAUCAUCAUCAGGAGAUAGUUCACGUUCUAAUGUUUGUUCUUCUGCACGUUCUCACUAACACCUUUUUGUACUGGGUGUUUAGCAUGAUUCACACGGAACAAUUUGAAUGCCUAGAUUGAAAAACUAACAUUUAAAAUGUGAAUAUAAUAAUAUAACCUGUUAUACCAUACGAUGUUGGUCAUAAUUAAGCAUGUUUUUAUGGCUGGAGUGACUUCAUACCCACAAAUAAAUCUAGGCUAAGCUGAAAUUUGAGUUUAGUGUAGUGUAGACCUGAGUUUAAAGCCUGUUAAAGAGCUGAUUUCUGAAGUGUAUUACACAUGACUGCAUGCAAAACACCACUGGCAGAUAUGCAGGUUUUAAACAUGAAUACUGUAAACUUCACAUUCCUUUUGGCAGGUACAGUAUGUACCUUCAACCACAUGUGAUGUAUGUGAUGACUAGAAUUGUAAAUUAGUUUUGGUGAAAUCAAAGGAUUUCAGUAACACUGUAUAAUAGUUAGAGCUGUCCAAACAGCCAUUACUAAUCAGCUGCAAAGUACACCUAAGCAGGGUCAC